AUGGGAAACGCUCAAUCUCAGGAGGGCCAGUCCGGCUUGACUGGCUCGCAGCCGGGUAGUUCCAGCUCCUCAAGGUCUGAUCGGUCCCACCAUCACCACUUCCCCCACUCCUCAGGAACACACCAUACCCGCCGCCCGCCACAGAGGAAGAACAGUCUCUCAGCUGCUCCUCUUAAGGCUGCUCCUACAACAUCUACUACUCAAGAGCACGGGGUCUUACUCAGUGCCGAUAUACCGUCUGCCAGGGGAUUGACGACUCCUUCCUCUGCCGCCGAAAAGCUACUUGAUAUAAGUAUCUCGGCCACACCGUCCGUGGAUCCUUCCCCUUUACGAACAAUGGAUAUUACCGGUGCUUCUAUUCCCAAAAUGUCCAUCCAGGACCCCAGUGUCCCGGACAAAAUAGACACUCUUAUUAGCGUCGAUGUGCCCGCUCCGUCCCGUCGAAGGAACAGCUUUGGCAGCGCUACAACAGUAGACACCGUCGAACUCGACGAGAUGAACAUUGACGACACAAAAGCGAUCCCCACGACCAUUGAAUGGACCGAAGGAGGCAAGAAGGUUUAUGUUACGGGUUCAUUCUCGGGCUGGAAGAAAAAGUUUAGACUCAUUAGGAGCGAAGGCCAUCUAUCCACCGUCGUACCAUUGCCGCCUGGUACCCAUCAUCUCAAAUUCUUGGUUGACGGCCAGAUGAGGAUUUCGGAUUCAUAUCCAACUGCCGUUGAUUCUGCUGGUAUCUUGGUAAACUACAUUGAAGUAAUAGCAGAUGAUAUGCCACCUCUCGAGCGCCAAUUAUCCACCGUUUCCGCUGAGAAGGCUCCGGAACCACCCCAGAACAUGCUGAAUAGCACCAACAAUUCCUUCAUCCAGGCUCAUGUCCAACCUGCCAGACGAUAUACCUCAGAAAUUCCAGCAUUUUUGGAAGAUCUGGAAGAAAAACAGGAGCAGUAUGGUAGAAACUUUGAUUCGCAGUUACCGCCGCCGCCAUCGUUACCCAUGAUUCUUAGCAAGGUCAUCUUAAACGGUGCAAAUACGAUACGCGAUGAUAGUAGUGUUUUGCCCAUUCCGAAUCAUGUUGUUUUGAAUCAUUUGGCGACGAGUUCAAUUAGGAACCAAGUUCUAGCGAUCAGCGCGACUACGAGGUAUAAGAAAAAGUACGUCAGCACAAUUCUUUACAAGGCUACCUCCACCUCGGACGAUUGA